CUGCCCGCUGGCUGAGCUGUCCCGCGUGGGGACCCUCGCCGUGGACGGGGCCGCCCCUCCCUGCGCCCCCCUCUCUGGGAGCCAAGGCGCCCCCGCCCGAGGAAGGCGGUGCCAGAAGGCAGCAUGCCCCAGAACGUGAUCCUCCCGGGCCCUGCGCCCUGGGGCUUCAGACUCUCGGGGGGCAUAGACUUCAACCAGCCUUUGAUCAUCACCAGGAUUACCCCAGGAAGCAAGGCUGCAGCUGCCAACCUGUGUCCUGGAGAUGUCAUCGUGGCUAUUGAUGGCUUUGGUACAGAGUCCAUGACUCAUGCUGAUGCACAGGACAGGAUUAAAGCAGCAACACACCAGCUGUGUCUCAAAAUUGACAGGGCAGAAACUCGCUUAUGGUCUCCACAGGUAUCUGAAGAUGGGAAAGCUCAUCCUUACAAAAUCAACUUAGAAGCAGAACCACAGGAUGUGAACUACUUUGAACACAAGCACAAUAUUCGGCCCAAACCUUUCAUAAUCCCAGGCCGAACCAGUGGAUGCAGUACUCCCUCCGGUAUUGACUGUGCCAGUGGACGUAGCACCCCCUCUUCUGUCAGUACUGUUAGUACUAUUUGCCCAGGUGACUUGAAAGUUGCUGCUAAGCUGGCCCCUAACAUUCCUUUGGAAAUGGAACUUCCGGGUGUGAAGAUUGUACAUGCUCAGUUUAAUACACCUAUGCAGUUGUACUCAGAUGACAAUAUUAUGGAAACCCUUCAGGGUCAGGUUUCAACAGCUCUAGGGGAAACACCUUCAAUGAGUGAAUCCACUGCCUCGGUGCCCCCCCAGUCAGAUGUGUACCGGAUGCUCCAUGACAAUCGGGAUGAACCUACUCAGCCUCGACAGUCAGGCUCGUUCAGAGUGCUCCAGGAAUUAGUGAACGAUGGUCCUGACGACCGUCCUGCUGGAACUCGGAGUGUGAGAGCUCCGGUUACAAAAGUCCACGGCAGUGCUGGUGGAGCACAGAAGAUGCCACUCUGUGACAAAUGUGGGAGUGGCAUUGUGGGUGCGGUGGUGAAGGCCCGGGAUAAGUACCGGCAUCCCGAGUGUUUCGUGUGUGCUGACUGUAACCUCAACCUCAAGCAAAAGGGCUACUUCUUCGUGGAGGGGGAGCUGUACUGCGAAACGCACGCCAGAGCCCGCACGAGGCCCCCGGAGGGCUAUGACACGGUUACCCUGUACCCCAAAGCUUAGGUCUCUGCAGGCGGGGGCAGGCACGCCCCACCACGCGCUCCUAACACUGAUGGCUUAAGCCAAGGCUUUUAGACAUUUGUCUUACUGUGCAUUGAGGAAAAGGAAUGGGAGACACCUGCUGUAUGACAAAAACAUACAUUUAGCUAUGUUUUGCAACUCUUUUUAUCUUUGGGGCUAGCACUAAUGACACUUAAAGCAAUAAUUCUUUGUAUGUCAAACUCCACACUUUACACUCAAGGUAUUUGGAGAGUCUAAUUGUCUUUCCUUGACAAAGUGGUUUUGCAGUUGUAGUAAAUAUCAAGUAACAAUCUUGUAUUCUAACGUAAUCUGUAUGUAUUUUAACUAUAUAGUGCAUAUCAGAGAGAAAUUCCCUGAAUUUCUCUAGUUUCAUAUUCAAACAAUUAUACCGCUGGAUGCAACAAUCAAAUACAUACAGCGUUUUUAAAUACCUACUGAAGUGGCAUUCAAUGAAUUCAUAGAAAGCCAACACUUCAAUGAGAAAGAUCAAUCAUCUUGACAUGGACACUAACAAAUAUUUUAAGAAAAAUGUGGCUUUAGUUUUUAAUCACUGACUUACUCUUCCUUAUGAGCCCAAAAUUUCUGCUGAUGGGAGGGGCAUUUAAAUUUGCUAGUUAAAGGCAAUUCAGUCUCUUUCAAAUUAAAAGUUUCUUUUGCUUUGA